AUGUUUGUUUGGUACCAAAUUAAUAUUAACAAUGGUGAUUACCAUGUGCGGAGACAAUUCGAUCGUGAGCCCAGCAGAAUCCCUGUAAAAAAACUAGAAAAGUUCUUACGUAAAAACAAACAAAUAAAGAAGUUAGUGUACAGGCGAAUUCUUAAAAACAUCCCUGUCUCGUCAAAAAUGUAUCGCUACGUCAAAUGCAGACUUAGAACAGUGAGCAAUAAUGACAGUUUUAAUUUUGUUCAAAAGAUGAGAAAAAUAUGGCAUUCUAUACGGUCAACACUGAAUCGAAAAUCGUCGAGUUGUCGAGAGUCUUUGGGCAAAUAUCUAUCUUUGUAUAGCUGUAAUACAUUAAUAAGUGUGUACAAGAAUGCAAGCCACAGAGGUCAUUGUGCUACACUGUAUCUGUGUAAUGACAUUGAAAUAAAUCCUGGGCCUCCUAUAUAUGGUAUUGAUCCUACUCUAACAAUCAAGGCACCAUAUAGUCAAGGUGAUAUUAUGGACUUUGGUGAAAAUGCUAGAAAACAAUGUGUUGUAAUGAGUUUGAUUGCUUUGAUUUAUAACAAGAUAAAAGGAAUACAUACUUGUGAUGACCUGGUACAAAUUUUGGAGAUGGGUAAUCAAUUGCAUUCAACACUGUCACAAUGUACAGGGCAGGUGUAUUUAAUGCAAACUGAAUUACUAUCAAUGAUUGCUUUGUCUGAGGAAAACUGCCAGUUUAAUUAUGGUAAAAGCUACACUGGUAAUCUACAUCAUUGUAAUUCAAUAAUUGAGGGAUAUCAUUACAGUAUGUCUAGAGACAGGGCUUUUCAAUCACUCUUAUCACAAAAUUACUCUUCAUUUAUUCUGACAAUAGAAUGUAUCGAUGUCAGUAUCUAUCAUACUGAUAAUGGGAGUUAUAAGAUAUUUGACUCUCAUACAAGAGACGAAUAUGGCAGAAGCCAUCCCUCAGGUACAUGUGUACUAUUAGAAGUACCAUCUAUUCAGGGCUUAGUACAGUGUUUCCAGACUAUACACUCCCUCAGUGACAAUUAUGAACUUAGAGGAGUGCAGAUUAGUACAUAUGAAGUAUUUAGAGUGAACAAUUUGAGAGAAGAACACAACUGCUCUUGCAAACAAUGUUCUGCUGUGGGGCUUUAUGCAAUGUGUUACUCAGAGGCAAAGUCUCGUAGUUAUUGA